AUGCCAACAUAUGAAACUGUCUCCGAAAUGGAUUAUUUGGAUAUGUUUAUUCGAGAGACGCUUCGCAUGUUUCCUAUAGCACCAACGGCGAUUUCUCGUCUAAGUACCGAAGAUUUUCACAUCAAAGACUUCAGUACCGUGCCAGCAGGUACAAUGAUUACUGUCGACAUGUACAAUUUGCAUUACAAUCCAAAUUUAUGGGGUCCUUUGGAUCCACAUGAGUUUCAUCCUGAAAGAUUCGCCACUAAACGACAUCCAAUGGCAUGGAUUCCAUUUGGAAUUGGACCACGUAAUUGUAUAGGCAUGCGUUUUGCUUUGCUUGAAAUGAAAAUGUUACUCGUUCGAUUGCUCAAAACAUACACACUAAUUGAUUGUGGUGAACAAACACGUAAACCAUUUGAACAACUCACAGAAAUGCCUGUCAUUGCACCUAAGGAAGCUAUUAUCCGACUUCAACACAGAGAUGAAUAUUUUCAGUGA